AGCGCUACCAAUGCCGGCCCACACCACGCCGCAGCCCCAGAAGGAUGAGGGCGCUUCCCUGUGACUGAAACGUGCCCGUCUGUGCCAUUGAUUGGGACUGCUUCAAAAGCUUGAUUCAGCUUUCGGGAAACACGAUAGCGCUCUGGCCAGGUACUCCCAGGCCGAUGUCGUCUUCCGCAGCUUUCCCGCUGCGACGAAUCUGCCGUUGAGACGCAGUCGCUCGCUUGGCGGGGAGUUUGUGGAAUCUGCUGUGGGAAGAGCGACGCGGGGGCUUCCCGGGGCAGCUGCUGUCAUGGCGGCGGCCGCCCCCAGCGCCGGGCGCUCAGCGCCCGCCGCCGCGGAGCCCGCCGAAGCCCCGCUGCAGUACAGCCUCCUCCUGCAGUACCUGGUGGGUGACAAGCGGCAGCCGCGGCUCCUGGAGCCCGGGAGCCUGGGCGGGAUCCCGAGCCCGGCCAAGAGCGAGGAGCAGAAGAUGAUCGAGAGGGCGAUGGAGAGCUGCGCCUUCAAGGCAGCGCUGGCCUGCGUGGGAGGAUUUGUCUUGGGAGGCGCAUUUGGGGUGUUUACUGCCGGCAUUGAUACCAACGUGGGCUUCGAUCCCAAGGAUCCGUACCGUACACCGACUGCAAAGGAGGUUCUUAAGGACAUGGGACAAAGGGGGAUGUCCUACGCCAAGAAUUUCGCCAUUGUGGGAGCCAUGUUUUCGUGUACUGAGUGUUUGGUAGAAUCUUACCGAGGAAAAUCAGAUUGGAAGAACAGCGUCAUUAGUGGCUGCAUCACUGGAGGAGCCAUUGGUUUCAGAGCUGGCUUAAAGGCUGGGGCCAUUGGCUGUGGAGGUUUUGCUGCGUUCUCGGCUGCAAUCGAUUAUUACCUGCGGUGAGAGCUGUUGCCCGUGGGAAGGACGCACAGGCCCAGGAUCAGAGCUGCGCUCCGCAGCACGGAUUCCAUGCCGCUCCGGGCCCUUGCUUCCGGGGCUGGAGGCCUUCGUGGUCCUUCACGGUGUUGGUGGCGCAAGGGAGCCACUUGACUGCCAUCUGCCUCCAGCUUCCGGAGCAGCUACGCUCUUGGCCACUCCUGGACUCUGGCCAGGCUGGACUGUCCUCAGAGAAGAGCGGGGGGCAGGGGGACUUGCAGGAAUUGAGCUCCCCAGAGGCUUUGUGCCGGACGCUGCUGGCAGCUCGCUACUGCGCACCCAGGAGGCCCGCCGUCUUGGAGCCCCAGAUGGCAAGCAGCUCGUGCCAGGGCGGGGCACAGCGCACUCUGCCAUCCAGCCAGUCAUGUCCCGCUUCCUUGGUACAAUGUAUGUUUCUAUAACAGUUGAGAA